AUACAAAUUGACAGCACUAAUCGCAUUUAUUUUUGUGAUAUCGAUAUACGAUUGACACAUCUCUAUCAAAUUGCAUCAAAAACAUAUUUGAAAUUAUCAAGCAUAUAUAUUUUAAAUGUUUCGUGUUAAAUGCAAAUGAUGCGCAUACGGGGAGUAAAAUGUGGGUUAGCUCAGGAUAACCAUCUGCUGCGACAACCGAAUACAACAAUUAAGGAUCCAAAACUCAUUGAAUUUGUUCGUAAACGACGCAUUGAUUUUCGCAGUGAAGACCCGGUUUGUAAACAAUGUGCGGAACAACUAAAACGUAUAUAUUUAGAAAAAAUUAGACGGGCUCUAGAACUAAAAAAGGCGCAACAUCAAAGAUCCUUGGAGUUAUCCUCUUCAGUUACAGAUCAAGAUGAUACCAUUACUAGCCGACAACAACGGGCACUGCAUGCGGCAAAAAAAAGGUCAACCACAACAACAACAAGUACAACAGCAGUCAGUGUCAGUGAGGAGCAACAAAGUAGAUCACAGUCAACAAUUGAGGAGGGUCCAUCUACAAGUGCUGCAGCAGCAGCAAAGCUAAAGCGAAAACAACAGGAAGCGAUGCGACGCCGACGUGAAUAUGUGCAUGUCGUAGGUGAUGACGCCGCCGACGCUGAUGAUGAUGAUGACGAUUAUGCGCCAAGUCCAAAUGCUCUAAAUGGCACACGCUUACCACACAUACAGCCUAUACCUAAGAGGAGAAAAUUUGUACAUGCAAAUCCAGAUGUCUUGAAUAUCUACAUGGCGGGCCUGACGGGUGGAUAAUUCCAAUUAGUUUUACAAUUCAUAAUUAGGAAAUAAUAAUACAUUCAAACGGCUGCUAGUUGUAAAGAUUUAUACUGUUAUAGUCAUGCUUACAUAUGUUAAAUUAAAAAUUGUUACGUCAUAAAAAAAAUAUAUAAUGCGAUAUAGUAUGUAUAUGGGUUAUAGGAAAAAAAGUUAAAAAGCUAUUCCCGUUCUCACUGUGUAGUAAGUUCAGUAGGUCCUAAAUUUUAGGGUUCGGCUAAGCGUUAAAUUCAAAAUAAAAAUUUCGAGACUAAAGACGUA